AGGAAGCGAGACGAGCGCCGCUCUUCAUCUCCCACACUCACUAACUCUCUCCUUCAACAAUUGAUUCUUCGAAGCUGAAGUGAAGCAACACGAGAAGAGCUCUCUCGUUUUUCGCUGGAAAGAAAGAGGUAUCUGAAUCUCUUCUUCUCCGUCUAGAUAUGGGGAAUUUUCUUGCCAAGGAGCCGCCGCCUCCGGUGGUGCUUGUCCCUCCGCUCUUUGAUUUCCCUCCUCUCUCCGCCCGUAACAGAAUGUUGGAAUCUUCAUAUAAUCUGCUGUUUGGGAAGCUUGCAUUGAAAUGUCUCUUUGAGGAUUACAUUGAAGAAGCACGACACUUCUCUGCAAAGUUCCUGCUGAAGCCUAUUGAUGACCCUCACGUGGACUUGGUUGCAUCUGUUUCAGGUGCUUUAGAUCGUAAAGUGGAAGGAGAUCUUGUGGGAAAUGCACUGUUUCGCUGGCAAAGUGAUGUUGAUGAUCCUCAUACUUUUGUGGACCUUUCUGUGUCGACCUCCAACCCGGUUCUACUAAUGAGGUCUUCGGCUUACUACCCUAAAUAUGGGAUCGGAGCAUUUGCAGUCUACCCUUUACUUACUAAAAGAACUGAAAAAUUAUCUGAAGAAUAUGGAAUCAUGGGGUUGAGGUAUGGCUCGACGAAUUUAUCACUCGGAGCUACCGUCUCUCCUUUUAAUACUGACGAAUUGCCAAAGAGUGCAUGGCUGGUCAGCAAGAUGGGAAGGCUUUCAGUAGGAGUGCAGUAUGAGCCGUUAUAUGAAAGCAAAGACAUGCCAAAGUACGGAGACCUAAGGAACUGGAGUUGUGCUGCUGGGUAUGGAGUAGGGUCAAGAAGCCCCUUAAGCCCUUCUUUCAACUUUGGCCUUGAACUAGCGAGGAGCUCUCAGUUUAUUGCUUCGUUCUACCAACAUGUAGUGGUCCAAAGACGGGUGAAAAAUCCUUUUGAAGAAAACGAAGUAGUUGGAAUCACAAACUACAUUGACUUAGGUUUUGAGCUACAAACGAGGGUUGAUGAUUCCAAGACGCCAGACUCUUCACUGCAGAUGGCUGCAUCUUGGCAGGCCAAUAAAAACUUCUUGCUGAAGGGUAAAGUCGGAGCUUUAAGCUCAACAUUGACAUUAGCAUUCAAGUCGUGGUGGAAACCGUCUUUCGCAUUCAAUAUCUCAGCAACUACUAAUCAUUCCACUGGAGAAGUAGAAUGUGGAUUUGGUCUCCGUGUUGAUAGCUUAAGGGAAGCCAGUUACCAAAGAGCUGAUCCAAACUUCGUAAUGCUGACACCAAACAAAGAACAUCUCGCUGAAGGGAUUGUGUGGAAAAUGGGGAAGAGACCAAUGUUUCAAUCCGAUUUAGACGCAGAGAAUUUCACUGAACUGCCAAAAGAACUUAGACCACCCCAGAAGAUUCUCUAAACUACUAAACCCACUUAGUAUUUCUGUAAUUUUAUUUUACCUGUUUUUUUAUAUCUACUAGAUAUCUCGGCAGAGUCAACAGUAUGACUACGAAGUUAUAACAUAGCACAGUCCUUUUUUUUUUUUUAAUUUAAUUUUUUUUUGUUUUUUAAAGUGCAAUAAAACAG